AUGCGACUGCCCCUCAGCAUCUCGCUCGACCAUCAGAGUGAUCCCAAAGCACCCUUUACCCUCCAGGCAGACACUGGCGAGAUUUUCCUGAUUGAGAUGCAAGGCACGCUCGAGACGGAAGUCGACGAUGAGCUCGUCAACGAUCCGACACUGAGAGACGGCCAGAAGAUAGGCACGCUAGAUCUGUCAGACCCAGCGCGACCGAGCUUGCUGAUAGGACACCACCGUCUGGUUGGCUCUUUUGCCAAUUUGGAGCGACCGCUAGCCAUAUUGCGACACACAAUACCUCCAUCUGACCCAGACUCGGAUGAUGGUUUGGAUCCGCAAGGCGAGAGAGCCUCCAAGAAGCGGAAAACGGCCGACGGUGACUUUGAGCCGACGGCUGUCGUCGCUACGUCGAGUAGCCCAGAGACGUUUCGCAAGGUUGUCGAUCAGACACCGCUGCGCGAUAACAAGCUUCGUAGCAUCAUCCAGCCGUCGUCGUCAGCUCAGCGCACGCCUGCCACACCCUUCACCGUGAGCGAGCUGAAGCGUGGCAAGCACGAGAUUGUCGGCAUGCUCUACAGACGCAUCCUGUUCACCAAACGGCCAGAGCCUGUGCUCAUCGCAAGCCCGUAA